UAUAUCAAUAUGGCGUAUUUACUUUCACGUACUUAUCUUACAUCAUCCAGUUAUUUCUUGGAGAUAUAUUUCUAAUCUUUCUUCGUCACGCGUAUAACGCGCUUAUAUCUCUAUAGUAUAGUUUCCUAUCUAUAGUGCUCGUAGAUUUUGUUUUUGCGCGUCAAUUGCGGCGAGAUUCAAGUUUUGUUUUUAGGUUACGUACUAUUUAUACAAUAGUGUCCCAGAAGGUAAUGAGCUAGUAUCGUACUGUCGUCCGAUAGUCCGUGACGAUCUUACGUCGAGGUACGAUGAUAACUUGCGCGGCCAACGGCUGUCCCUCGACACAGACUACAAAGAUAGAUGGCAAUCCGAUAUCGUUUUUUCCUUUUCCAGAAGAUGAUCUAAGAAAGAAUCAAUGGCUUCACAAUUGCAAUUUAGCAUCGGGUAUUGUCAAUGACCAAAAACCUUUGCAUCUCUGCGAGUUGCAUUUUGAAAGAAUUAACUUCACAGCAUCGAGAGAUUUGAAGUCAACUUCUGUUCCUACCCUGUUUGGUAGAAUAGAAGAACCACCAAGGAAACUGAAUAAAGUUGAAAAUAUAUUACAAAAAGAACCAUCAAAACAGAAAAAGUUAGAUGAACAUUCACAUACUUUAGUGACACCACCACAGAGUCCAUUUAUGCAAGACAAUGCUGAAGAUACAACUAAUGGAAAUAAGGCAAAUGUAUCAGUUGAUGAAACAAUUGUAAAUGGUUCUGCCACAUCGAGUUCUGUAUUGCACGAGAAUCUUCAAACAAAUGCAAAGACAUAUCGUUUGAUGAUACAAAUUGAUAAAAUACGAAGUAAACCAGGCCCAAAAUGCAAAAAGAUGCCUUUGAUAAUGCUUAAUAACGAUACAAAAGUGACAGGCGAACAUGAUAAAAACAAGCUUCGACCAUUAUUUAUUAAAAGACCCUGUGUUCCGGGUAGUUGCAAACUAAGAAGAUGUGUGUAUAAUUCAAGAUUAGCAUUUCAAUGUGAACUAUGUAAUAAAUAUUAUAUUACAAAGAAAGAGGAAAUCAAAAGCUACUCUUGUACCAUAUGUAGCAAGAAUUUCCCUAAUCCACAAGCAUUAUAUAUGCACAUUAGAAAACAUUUUACAUGUGACAUCUGUGAUACAGAAUGUAGUUCUCAAACAGGUUACGACAAACAUGUAAGAUUACAUGUUAGUACUGAUCCAUUAUGUCCAUAUAAAUGUCACCAGUGUAAAAAAACAUUUGAAUUAAAAGAAAGUGUUAAGCAGCAUUGCUUGGAGCAUCCUAAGAUAAAACUACAAAAGUCUCUUCUUCAAGUCGCGCCUUCUGUAGCUACGAUAAUCUCUCCCCAAAAUGAUUAUCGAUGUAUGAAUUGUAAUAUUAGCUUCAAAAACGAUCAAGCAUACAGGAAUCAUAUAAGUUCUCAUGGAAAGAAAGAAGGAUUGAAUUGUAAUAUUAAUGAGACCAACAAGAUAAUUCCAGUACCAAAUCCUUUAACUGGAAGUCAAAUAGGUAUUCUUCAAGCAGUAAAGUUCAGCUGUCGGGUAUGCUCUAAAGAAUUUGAUAAUGUUGCGGAAGUUGACUCACAUACAAGGACACAUUUGGAGGAUACUGAGGAAGAUCUGAAGUGUAACAUUUGUAAAAAAUUUUUCAAGAGUAGUUUGGCAUUUAGUGAACAUUUGAAACAGCACCUGGCGCGCGCACAUCCCUGCCCAAUUUGCUCGAAAGCUUUCAUCAACAAAACUACUUUAAAAAUACACUUAAAAACGCACUCAACUAACUCAAAAGAUUCAUAAAUAGUAAUAAAUUUUAAUUUUGAUUAUUUUAUUAUGGAUACAUUCUAUGUAAUUAUUUUUUAAAAAAGUCAUGUAUGUAAAAUACAAUAUUUAAGUAUUAUCUAUUCAUAAACAGCUGAUACUUACACUAUCUAAUAAUAUGCAAUUAUGACGCAAUAAUAAAAGUUUUAUGUUCACAAAAUAGAUUUUUUAAAAUUAGAUUAUAUUAAUUAGUUUAUAUUUGCGCGUUAUGAUGACAAAAAGUAUAUAAAUAUAUAGUGUUUCUUAUUUUACGAUAUAAAGUGCAGGAAUGUUCAUAGUCAGAAAUUUUUCAAGUUUUAUUCUGAUAAAUUAUGUACAUGAUGGAUAAAUUUCUUCAAUUUUUAUAGAAUUUUAUCUUUUUGUAUAAUAAUAAAAUUGAAAUUAAUGAUUUAUUUAUGUCGAAAAAAUAUAUGAUAAGUAUAUAUAUAUAUGAAAACAUUUACGUUUCUGAAUAUAUAAAUUUAUAUAUUAUAUAAAUAUAUAUGAAGACACAUAUUGCAAUUAUCCACAGUUUCUUAUAAU